AUGAUUCAACCCAUGUACUCCCCAGAUAACUCUCUGUUCCAGCAUUAUCCACGGCAACAGCAGCAACAGCAGCAGCAACAACAACAACAGCAACAUCAUCAUCAACAACAGCAACACCAGCAACAGCAAAAUCCACUGGCCCAUCCUCAGAAACAGCAGAUGGGCGGCCAGUUUCAUCAUCCCUCAUUAAUCAACAAGAAUCCGUUUCUUUUCGACCCAAUGGACGCAACUGCCCCAGCUCAGCUAAAUUUAAACGCCCUUACUUUCAACAGCUAUAUGUCAGGAACCGCUGCAAAUUCCCAGAAUGCCAGUCCGUUGAGCUUAUCAAGGGUCCCGGUUUGCAAAGGUGCAAGCAAGCAUUUUUUCAAAACCGAGAAUAAGAUUGCGUUAUUGAAGGAGGUGUUGGCGGUGAAUCCAUUCGAAGACACCGCCAAAUGGAGACUUGUCAGUGAUAAUUAUAAUACUUGGACAGCUGCCAAUCAACCAGAUAGGUUCUAUGCUGCCGUUGACUACUUGCCGAGAAAAGUUCGCGAAAUGUUGACGAAUUUCAAAAACAGUUUGAAGGAUGACGAUAAAGAAAAGUCGAGUCCUGGGGAUAGCACUAAUCCGUCAAGGAGUAGCGAUAUGCCACCAUCUAGCUCGGGAACCGCAGAAUCCACCGAUGAAUCAGAAAAUCAAGAAUUGCGAGCAUUAUUAUACGAAGUCUACCACAUGAUGACCAACGUCGGCAGUAAAGGCGACAAGCAAAAAAGAAACUCCAUCAAAAGGUUGAAGAUCGAAACCCCUAAAUUACAAUCACUAUCAUUGACCAUGAAAUCUCCGGAAAAAAACGACCUUGAUAGAAGACUUUCCCCAACCAUUCAUAAAAAAACUUCUAGACUGCAUCUGCAAACUAUGAACAGCUCGGAUACUUCCAACAUGACCACCCCACUUUUGAAUCAAUUUCCAAACCUUGAAGCCCAAUUCUCAUUUGAUCCAACCGCUCCAUGUGGCAGUGCUGGGGUUUUUUCUAGUAAUGUCAGUCCAGAAAACGCUGGAGGUGCCAUUAAUACCACGCAAAUUCAAGUGUUUAAUAAACUUCUCGAGCCUCUCAUGACACGGUUAGACCAUUUAGAAAAUAAGUUGCUUGUUAUUGAGAACAUCAACCGUAACAAUCUUGGGUUGCCUGCUAAUGUCAUCCCAUUUACAGAUAGUAUGAAGCCAGGUAUUCAUCCAUUUCAAGAAUUGCCACUCCUUUAUACUGCUUUGGACGUUGAAAAUUUGGGGUCGAACCAAUUAGAAACUUAUUUGAAAUAUUACGGGGUCAAUUAUGACAUAACUUCGACAAUCUCUGAAAAGAAAAGAGCUUUGGCCUGCUUUCUAGGGAUCCUAAAUCCUGAUAAUUACUCAAACUUCUUGAGAAAUUGA